UCCAAGGCAAUCAACUGCAGCCGAAGUCAGUGCUGUACCAUCGUUAGCCAAGGGAAGGUGUUUCUUUCUCGUGCUCGUACUUGAUCCUCAUUGGACCAGUAGAUUCUGUUCUACGGUGGAUCAAUUCCACUUGAUUACUGCAACAGCGAUAGCCGCCGAGAGUGUGCAAUGGGAACUCGCUUCAAUUUGAUAAAAGGCCAAAUUAGUUUCGCGAACAUUUCCCAUUAAAGUGCCCGAGUGUCGCGGUUGGUUGACCGCAAAGCAUGCACGCGGUGCAAUUGUUUUUUGUUUCUCGCGCUUAUUCAACUGAAGUCGGAACUGUGUGUCCGCAGCUAGCCAGUUCUUCAGUUUGAUAUUCCCGUCGUCUGCAGUUGAAGAUCAGUGAUCAGUACGGAACAGCCCAGUGAGCAAGAAGUGUGCCCGUCCGGUAGCAUCUGCGUUUGUGUCUGUGUGAUAAGAAUAAAGCGAUCCCAAAUUUUUUUUUGUUCGGUUUUUGGGUUCGACUUCAACAAUUGUGUUGUCAAGUGAUCGUCUGGAUUUAAAUAGCCUGCGGUGAAAUGUCGUCGAUAAUGGAAAAGAACAAGCUUCGGCUGGAAAGCCGGUCCAAGAUGUUCCUCAGAAGCAACUCGUUCCAGAAGUUGUGCUCACUGGCCCAUCCUAUGGGGCUGAAAGGUUUCAAGUCAAACAAGGAAGCCCUCAAGUCGGUCUUCGAAUCGCUUAUCGUCACGACACGUGGCGUCAUCCAGUCGGUCACGUACAAAAUUUUGUGCUUUCUGUUCCUAGCACCGUUCAACCGACUGGUCGGCCGGCCCCUGAGCAUCCUUUCCGGCGAGGAUGGAAAAUUUAGCACCAUAAAGUUAAUUCUAAAGUUGACCUUGUCCGCAAUCGUCUCCUCCGAUAAGGAUGGCGACAAAUGCGAUAAGGAAGCGGCAGCGGUAGUUAGUGAAGUGCUUCCGCGGGCAGUAGAUUCGGCGAUCCAAACAGAAGAAGAGGAUACGAAACCUACGGAAGACAGCGCAGCGGAAGAGCAAUUUUUCGACUGCAAAGAGGAGAACAGUGUUACGCCGCGACCUUCCACCGCCGAGCUGCGGGAUCAACUAUUGAAAAAUUCACGUCCCUCCGGCUCGGCCCCAGCAACAUCGUACGGAUCGGUGCCCCUAGGGCUGCUUGUGUACAGCUGUAUGCUCGGUUGUUUUGCACAAUUAUCAGCACUCGUGUACUUGCUUAACGCGACCGUCAGGAAUCCUCCCGGGCUGAUAUUUCUUGUUUUGGCGCUUGGCUACAUCGGAUACGUUAUGAUGAGGAUAUUCCUGUACGAGCAGUCCUGCUCCCUUGAAGUGAAAACCGCGAAAGCACCACCAACGAGGACGACAUCCUGCAUGGCACUAAUUCCGGUGUCAAGCACGGAAGCUCCAAAACCCAAAGGAAUCCACCCAAUUCUGUCGAUUGUUGGCAAACAUUUGGCUUCGCUGCUACAGCGGGACAGUGAACUGGUGCCAAUCAACGCCGGUUCGCCAAGGAUGAGCCGCCAGUCCACUCCCAGCCGGAAUCGGGUGCUUCUUUGCACCCAUGAUAAGACUAUCAGUAAAAUGAAAAUACUCUAAAGAAAAAACAUUACUCAUUUGUACAAGCAGGACACUUGGGGGAUGUUUGCAAUGCCCGCCAACCGCGUGACUGAACCAAACACAUAAUAAUAAAUAUAAAUGUUAAUAAAAGUGAUUAUACAGCAAUAGAACAUUGGCAAUCGAGCAUGUUUGGAGUAUGGGCUGCAUGUUUUGCGGUUGCUGCCACAUGAAAAUAACAGCCAAAAGAGAUGACCUGCUUGGUACUGACGUUGCCACCACACGCUAUACUCUAGUGGCGAGCGGAAAAAUAUCAUGCAGAAAAAAAAUACAUAACAUUAUAAAUCGAUUCACCCCGUCCACCGCCGCCGCCAUAUUCGUUGAUUGGUGCUCAAUAAAAAUAUAAACUUUUAACAAUUGACCACACCCAAGCCGGGGGUACGCGGUAAUAGCUUUUAAAACAUGUGAACCGAUUAGAACUCUGCGUAUUUUCUACUCCCUUACCACCGCUUGAAAUCGUGUCAACCUCAAAACAUCAGCUUCGAUUGACACCAGCAGCAGUCUACCAACUAGGGAAAGGCCAUCCAGUGCGGCGAAAACAAAAUUUAUGUAACAUGUGGCAAUGAGUGUACGAUCAAUGAUACCAAAUAUGAAAAAAAUAUCAAUAAAACGAAAAUAAUUGUAUGUGUAAUGUGACUGAAUUGAGCUACGUUUAAUUGUCGAGCAUUGUAAUUAAAUAAUAAUAAUGAUAAUAAAAACAUCAAUAAUGGAUACAAAA